AUGAAUAGAACUAUUUUAUGUGUUUUGGUGAUAUUGUUAGUUAAUGAUUUCGCAGCAACAGUGUCCAUCGACUAUGCAGCGCCAGUAUCAAAUGUUGAAUAUUAUGAAGACUAUCAAAUAGUAAGAAAAAGAGAAGACAACUACUCAAUUCCUCUAAGAAGCAAGAUUGUCGAUACGAUGCUGAAUACACCAAUGUAUCACUUUAUGCGUUCAGAGCCGAACUUCUUCUCUGCUUUUAAAGAUAUUUAUGAAUUACCUAAGGAGUUCCGUGGACCUCUUAAAGAAUACGACUUCAUAGUGGUAGGCGCAGGGUCUGCGGGCAGCGUACUCGCGGCUCGUCUAAGUGAAGGUAGACGAGCCUCUGUAUUGCUGUUAGAGGCCGGUACAGGCGAGGCGAUACUUACUGGAGUACCAAUAUUAGCACCUGUACUCCAGCAAACAAAUUAUGUAUGGCAUUAUUUAAUGGAACAUCAGCCUGGAAUAUGCAUAGGAAUUGAAGAUGAAAGGUGUUUUUGGCCUAGAGGUAGAGCUGUUGGAGGUUCCAGUGUUGUCAACUAUAUGAUAUAUACAAGAGGAAAUAAAGAAGACUGGGACAGAAUAGCCGCUAAAGGGAACGAUGGAUGGUCAUACGAGGAAGUGAUGGCAUAUUAUAUUAAAUCUGAAAGAGCUAAUCUUCGAGAACAUAUAAAUUCGCCUUGGCAUGGCAUUAACGGUGAACUAAGUGUUGAAGACGUACCAUUUAGGUCUAAACUAUCAAAAGCAUUUUUGGACGCAGCGAAGGUAUUAGGAAAUAAAAGAGUUGAUUAUAAUAGUCCCGAUAGUUUUGGUUUUAGUUACAUUCAAGCUACAAUGAAUCAUGGAAUACGAAUGAGUAGCGCCAAAGCAUUUUUACAUAAAAUUAAGAAAAGGAAAAACUUACAUAUACUCACAGACAGUCAAGUUACCAAAGUAUUAAUAGAUCCUGCGACCAAGACAGCUAUAGGUGUUGAAUUUCAAAGAUUUGGGCAAAAAUACGUAAUACAUGCUAAAAAAGAAGUAAUUCUUUCAGCUGGUCCUAUCGAAUCUCCUCAUUUACUUAUGUUAUCAGGAAUUGGACCUAAACAACAUUUAGAAUCAAUGGGCAUUCCUGUCAUACAAGAUCUAAAAGUAGGAGAAACUCUAUAUGAUCACAUAAGUUUUCCUGGUCUUGUAUUUACUUUGAAUACAUCUAGACUAACCAUAAUUGAAGACAAAAUCAAUACAAUCGAAAAUGCAUUUCAGUAUACUCAAUAUGGAGACGGCCCGUUUUCUUCGUUAGCUGGUGUUGAAACGAUUGGUUAUAUAAAAACUAACAUAUCAGACGAAUUCGGUGAAUUUCCAGACCUCGAAUUGAUGGGUACUUGCGCUUCAUUUGCAUCGGACAAAGGUUCUGUUGUAGCCCGAGGCAUACAUAUGGCCAGGUGGCUGUAUGAGGAUGUUUACAGUAAAAUUGAAAACGAAGAAUCUUUUUCAUUAUUUUUUAUGUUACUGCAUCCAAAAUCGAAAGGUUAUAUGAAACUACGAUCAAAAAAUCCUUUCGAUCAGCCAAAACUUUAUGGUAAUUAUUUAUCACAUCCUCAAGAUAUCGCGACUAUGAUUGCUGGUAUACGAUAUCUAAUAAGUAUGGUUGACACUCCGCCUUUUCAAAAGUAUGGAGCAAAAGUAUAUAAGAAAAAAUUCCCAAACUGUGAUAAUUUUGAUUUUGGAACUGAUGAAUAUUGGGAAUGCGCUCUAAGAACUCUUGCUGUAACACUUCAUCAUCAAAUUGCGACGUGCAAAAUGGGUCCCGCAUCAGACCCCGAAGCAAUUGUUGAUCCUAAGCUACGUGUAUAUGGGAUGAAAAAUUUAAGGGUCGUCGAUAGUAGUAUAAUACCAAAUACAAUAGCAGCGCACACUAACGCACCAGCUAUUAUGAUAGGGGAGAAAGGAGCAGACAUGAUUAAACAAACUUGGGGACUGAAC